UUUCUAACCAAUCAGACAGACCGAAAAGUGCGUCAUGCCGACGGCGGCGGAGCUGGAGCUGGCCGCGACCCGCGUGAACCUUUGCCUCGGCGCGGAGCGACAACUGCUAGCUCGCAAUGCGCAGAAGCGUCGUCUACCCGUGACCAUUGUGACUGGUUUUUUGGGCGCGGGCAAGACGUCGCUGCUGCAGCACAUUCUGCAGCACAAACUGAAUCUCCGUGUGGCCUGCGCCGUGAGCGACCUGGCGGCUAUUAACGUGGACGCGCUGCUGGUGGCCAAUCAACUAGCCGAUAAUGGCAACAAACUGUUCCAACUCAAAGCAGACCCGAACAGUAGCUUGGAUGCCUUUAAAGACGCUGUGUGGCAGGCUCUCAACGAGGAUGACGACGCCGCGUCGCUGGGCCAUGUCGACUACCUCGUGAUGGAAACCAGCGGCACUACAGAUCCGACACAGUUGGUCGCAGCUGUGCAAGAAAAGUUUGGCAAGAUGACGCGCGCGCGACUGGACUCGGUAGUAGCAGUUGUGGACGGCGACGCUGUUGCGCAGGAUGCUCUGAAAGGGGUGGAGCCCUGUGGCGUGGCUGUGCGGCAGCUACGAUGUGCAGAUGUCGUGCUACUUAACAAGGUGGACUUACUGAAUGAAACCAAACUUAAGACUGCACGACAGGUUAUCGAGAAGUAUGCGCCCAGUGCUCGAGUGUUCGAGACGGAUCACGGUCAAGUAUACUUGCCGCAUGUGCUAGAUAUCGCCCCGCCCGAAGAUGUUUUUAACGAUGGAGUGACCCAUGAAAAGGUACAACCGCAAUGGAAUACGGGGCUGAGUGCGUUGAACGGUGCAGUGACGCCGGCGCCAAGUCGUCUAAGAGUGGAGAGAGGAUCCGACAGGACGUUGGAUGUUGAUGCUCCACCUUCUCAAGCGUUCGCUUCAGUGGCAUUCGAGCGAACGGAACCUACUCCUCUUGCUGCUGUGCACGACUGGAUUGAACAUCACUUGCCACAAGGAACGCUUCGUGCAAAAGGAGUCAUGUACAUUGCUGAGUUGCCAAAGCACCGCUUUGUGGUGCAACUGAGUGGCAAGCGGCGACUGGAAGUCGAAAACGCUGGCGUCUGGCAAUCAACUCCAAAGACGCAAUUCGUUUUGAUCGGCUUCAGUAAUCGCAGCAGCAAUGCGGAACGUUUGAAUGAAGUUCAAGCGCUCCAGAGCCUAGAGAAGUGUUUGUCAAGACCUUUGGACCAGUUGGAAGGACAGAUCGUGGCCACUCGCGCUGCCUGCCUGGCUAAGCUCAAAGCUGACGAACGCUUUGACAUGCUGGCUGUUUCUGAUCAAGCCACGACGAUCGCAUUCCGCCUGACGUGCCCUGCGUCGACGCUGGACGAGACGAUGCUUCGUCACCAUCAUCAUGUGGACAUGAACGAGUUGACAAAGAGAUUGGUGCGCGAGGUGAAUGCCUCUGGUGGUGGCUCCUUAUUGCUCUAUGCGUCUAGUUUGGACUUCGACGACAGAGAGGGAGACCAGGUGUACGCUGUGGCCUCCAUUAUUGGCCCUGCGUCGGUGGUAACUAUGUGGAGUGAGCUAGACUCCCGCGCUGCGACCAUUAUCACUGAAGUCAAGAGGAAACUUGCCAACUGUCUGUGUGGCUUUUAG